AUGGCCACUGGUCCUAUCGAAGCAUUCAUGGCCAAAGAAUUUGGCAAGUUUAAUUUCACCGCUUAUAAGCAGUUAAAUGAUGAGCAAAAACUCUGGCAGAAGGUGAUUAGGAACCUCUUUUCUCUUCCAUUUCUUUGGUUCAAACUGGCAGGAAAAUCAUCUUCAAAAGGUCGUAAAAUAGUAACGAUGCUGAAAUCACUGGUCGAACCAAUGUCAUAUGAUUUUACGCUGAGUGACGAAGAUCGGGCACUGGCAGCAACAAUUGAUGCAGCUGAGGCCCUAGAAAAGCGUGACAAUAUGAUCAACAAAGCAGGCGAGGCUGCUGGUCAGGUAAUUGAGAAGAUGCAGAGCGUUGCAGUGCCAGCAUGGAAUAAAAUGAGAUCGAAAGUAAGGAAUUAUUGA